AUGGCUGCAAGGUUUUUAAGAGAUUUUGAACCACAACAUGCUCGUCGGAUACUAGAUGAAUUAGCACCAUCACAAGAAAUGAGAAAACCAAUCGAAAAUUUUGAUGAUAUACCGGUUGUUUCACUUGAAGAAGCAGUUGAGUCAUUAGUUUCACUUGUUCCCAAUGUCAAAGAGAUGGUAUCUAAAGCAAAAGAGAAAUGUGAUAAACCAAAAGAUGGUUUAACAACGAACGAAUCUGCUUCAAUCAUGUUGUAUUCAUUAGAAUGGGAACCAAGAGAAAAUUCUUUUUAUAUUAUAUUAAAUAAUACUCUACGAGCUGAAGAUAAAGAAAAAUUAAAACCAUGGCAACUUUAUUUAAAACUUUUUAUUUCUUCCCUUGAAAAACUCCCAUCAGUUAAUCAAACUAUUUAUCGAGGAGUAAAAAUGGAUUUAAGUGCACAAUAUCCACAAGGACAAAUAUUUACUUGGUGGGGAUUUUCAUCAUGUACAAAUUCAGUACAAGUGCUUCAAUCGGAACAAUUUCUUGGAAAAACAGGAGAUAGAACUCUUUUCAAUAUUGAUUGUGAAUCUGGUAAAAAUAUUCAACAACAUUCAUUUUUUCCGACUGAAGAUGAAAUCUUAUUAGUUGCUGCACGAAAAUUUAAAGUUGUUUCAUGUCUCGAUUCUGGAAACGGUCUUUUUAUUAUUCAAAUGAAAGAAGUGGAAUCAGAUUAUCCUCUACUAGGAUCGUCACGUGGAAAAAAUGCAACAUCUCAAGAAAAUAAUACUCGUGAAACAAGUUCUCAUUCAACCUCAUCUGAUCAUCAUACUUCAGGACCACCUAAAGGUCCAAUGCCACCAAAAUUUCCCCCAGGACCCGUGCGUCCAAAUAUAUUUGGUCCUCCACGUUAA